AUGGAGACCUUAAAGGGAAGUGAACUCUGCUUUCCACAAUUCCUCAACACCUCCUGCAGGAAGCCAGUGCGUCCUCACUUUGAGACCAUGCUGAUUUACAUUCUGCUGUCCUCCAUCUCUCUGCUCACUGCAGUUCUUAACCUGCUGGUCAUCAUCUCUAUCUCCCACUUCAAGCAGCUCCACACCCCCACCAACCUCCUCCUCCUCUCUCUGGCUGUUUCUGAUUUCUUCGUGGGCCUCCUCAUGUUCUUUCAAGUUGUCCUUACAGACGGCUGCUGGUUCCUCGGUGACCUCAUGUGUGUUCUGUAUUAUAUUUUAGACUUUAUUGUGACCUCUGCCUCAGUAGGAACCAUGGUGCUCAUAUCAGUUGACCGCUUUGUGGCCAUUUGUGACCCUCUACAUUACCCCUCCAAAAUCACUGUGAAAGGAGUAACAAUCUGUCUUUGCCUUUGUUGGGUUUGUUCUUUUCUAUACACCAGUUUCACAAUGAAAGAUAACUUUAAACAACCAGGCAUGUAUAAUUCCUGCUUUGGCGAGUGUGUGGUUGUUAUUAGUUAUGCUCUAGGAAUUGCAGAUCUUUUUUUAACCUUUAUUGGUCCUGUCACAGUCAUUGUAGUUCUGUAUAUAAGAGUAUUUGUGGUGGCUGUGUCUCAGGCUCGUGCCAUGCAGUCACAUAUUGCAGCUGUCAGACUCCAGAAAUCAGUGAAAGUAACUGCUAAAAAAUCUGAAAUGAAAGCAGCCAGGACUCUUGGUGUUGUUGUAGUUGUGUUUCUAAUAUGUCUCUGCCCAUAUUUUUGUGUCACACUUACAGGCCAGGACACCUUACUUAAUGCUUCAUCUGCUGCCUUUGUAAUAUGUUUGUUCUAUUUUAACUCCUGUCUGAAUCCUCUAAUCUAUGCCUUUUGUUAUCCCUGGUUUAGAAAAUCUAUUAAACUCAUCGUUACACUUCAGAUACUGCAGCCCAACUCUUGUGAGACCAACAUACUGUAAACAGACACUGUGGAGUGACUGAAAGUAGGCCUUUUCUGUGUUAAGGAAAAUGGAUUGUAAAUAGACCUGUACUUGUAUACCGCCUUUCUAGUCUUCUGACCACUCAAAGUGCUUUUACACUACGUGCCACAUUCACCCUUUCACACACAAAGUCGAUCAAAUGGAAACCAAGUCAGUCAUUCACAUUCACACAUUGAUGACAUAGCAUUGGGAGCAAUUUGGGAUUCAGUAUCUUGCUCAAGUAUACUUCGACAUCCAGCCAGAAGAGCCAGGGAUCGAACCAACGACCUUGCAACAUUAAUUUAAAAAACCCACACAAGUUGCAGUUUUUCACAUUAUGCACGCAAGUAAAACGUAAGCAAAUUCACUAUAUAGUAAAUAUACAUCUAUGUGUGUUUUUAGAGCUGAGCCCUGACCUCGGUCCUGCGGAGGAGAGAGACGGAGAAGCAAGCCAAACAUAAAAUGAUAGCAAAACAUGGUAACACUAGGUGCUGCACCCUGGAUAUAACAUUAUGAAUUUGGAUCGUAGCAGCUAUGCUGACUUGAAUACACGACAAACUGCCAAGCGCACCUAGAGUGCUUUGUGUUCAUAAUGCCCAGAUUAAGUUAACCGCAAUGCGGACUUGAAACCAUCUGUAUGGUUGGAUUCAGAGGGGUCUAUACAGAAUAAAUGCUGACUAAUUCCUCUGAGUUCAUUUGGAGGGGUGAAAGGGGCCAAGUGUGAAAACAGCCUUUGUCAGGCCAAAGGAAGGUGGUUUUGCUGUGAUCUUUGGAAUCCAAAAAGGACUGAAUUGCUUUCUUGCUGAUCAGAAGAUCAAUACUUUCUCACAUCUGUCCAGUAAAACAUGCAACAGGCAUAUGCUUUACUUACCAUUGUUAAAACAUUACAUAGUCAAUAAAAAGCAGAACUGCAUUGGAAGAUUA